UUUAAAGUGUUAUGUUAAAUACACAGAAUCUCAAAUUGAUGAUCUCUUCGAACAGUAGUACUAGUAGAUUCCUUUUUCUCUCGUUAACACUCUCCGCAUUCAACACUUGUGACUUGUUGCUUGACUCACGCACCACAUCACCGUAUAGCAAGCAAAAAUGGGAAACCGGCGGUUAGCGGUGGUAGCGAUAAGCGACGACGAGGACGACGACGACAAGUUGCUGCUAUCGCGUGUAACACGCGCUUCCAGCAACGGCGAAGAUAAAGCGAAUAGUCAAAGGAAGCGUAAGAAAGUAAGGCUCGUCGAAGAAGAAGAAGAAGAAGAAAAGCCAGAGGAGGAAGAAGAGGAAUCGAAUAAUGAUGAUGAAAGUAGAGAUAAGAGGAAGAAGAAGAGGAAAGUGCCGGAAAAUGAGGAGGAAGAGGAGGAGAGAGGCAGGGGGAAGAGGAAUAAGAAGAAGAAAUUUGACGAAGAACCGGAGCUUGAAUCGGAACCUGAACCGGUUGAAGAGGAGGAGGAGGAGGUGGAAGAAGAACAGCUGGAAGAUGCUAAGCCUAUUGGUGAGGUAAUUAGGGUUACUGGAAAAGGUAAAGGGAGGAGAAACCAUUAUGAGUCAUUCGAGUACGAUGGAAAUCGCUAUGAACUUGAGGAUCCCGUGCUCCUGGUUCCAGAAGCAAAAAAUCAGAAGCCUUAUGUGGCAAUUAUCAAGGAUAUUACUCAGACCAAGGAUGGGAACAUGAUGGUCACAGGACAGUGGUUUUACAGACCCGAGGAAGCUCAAAGAAAAAAUGGUGGAAAUUGGCAAUCACGAGACACGAGGGAAUUGUUCUAUAGUUUUCAUAGGGACGAAGUUCCCGCAGAGUCGGUCAUGCACAAGUGUGUGGUGCACUUCAUACCAUUAAACAAGCAGAUUCCAGGCCGGAAAGAGCAUCCUGGUUUUAUUGUUCAAAAGGUAUAUGACACUGAGCAGAUGAAGCUUUUCAAGUUAACAGACAAGGAUUAUGAAGAUACCAAACAGCAGGAAAUUGAUCUGCUUGUUCAUAAGACUAUUGCACGAGUUGGGCAUCUUCCUGACAUUGAAACUGAGGAUAAUUCUGCAGCUCCUGUUAGUCAGGAAGACCAAUUGAAGAGUAAACGACUUUUGAGGAAGAAGAGCAUGACGCCUUUGGAUGUCACCAGAGAAGAUGAAGCACCAACUAGAUUUGGUCAAUCUAAAGCAGAAACUCCAGGCAGUUGUCCCAAUAAUACAUCAGAAUACUUCAUCAUCCUUUCAAACUUCAAUGUCCUAACUGGUGAAACACAGCGUGACAAAUGGCUGGAAAAACUGCUGCAGUCAAUUCAGUUUUUGUGCAAUCCUGUGGAUAAUGUACAAAAUGAUGGUAAAGAAAAAGGGGGCUCAGAUGUUACUGAUUUUACUGGUAAUGCCGGUUCUGCAAAGCAUGUGAAUGAGUCUCUAGACGAUGGUGCCAAUGGUGAUAAGUUUCGAUGGCCAGACAGUGCUGUCCCUGCUGUAGUCGCUCUGGAGAAAGCUGCACACGAGGCUCUCUCAUGUGAUUUUCAGAAGUACAAUCAGAAGAUGAGGCAGUUAACAUUCAAUCUUAAGAACAAUUCUUCCUUAUCAAAAACAUUCCAGAACAGCUCACUCUUAGCACGCCGUCUUCUGAAUGGGGAGUUGGAUCCCUCACGGAUACUGAACAUGUCCCCCAAUGAGCUAAAGGAGGGUCUAACAGCAGAAGAGAUAGCAAGCAGGGAGCCCGAAGAGCCGGAGCCCAUACAGAUGACUGAUGCUCGUUGCAAAAGAUGCACAGAGAAAAAAGUGCGGCUCAUGGAGAUUAUUCAGGCUGGACAUGGAGACCGCUACCAGCUGGAGUGUAUUGCUUGUGGCAAUACUUGGUAUGCUUCUAGAGAUGAAGCUGCUAGCCUAACAAUAGAUGGGCCAAAUUUUACGAAGAGUGUAGGAACAGAACCGUUAGCAACUGCCAAGUUCGAAGACGUGGAGAAGAAUUUAACAAGCCCUCGAAGAGCUGAUAAAGGAGCUAGUGAUGUUCUGAAGAAGACAACUGAAGCUUACAUGCCAGUUCUUGACAGCCAGAGAUCAUUUAACAAGUCUAGGACUGAAGAUAACACUACCACUAGCAAUGCUGACUGACUCUUCUGUUAGUUUUUUAUCACUUUAGACAUAACCAUUUCCUGUAAAUAGAUACAGUACAUACCCAUAGUUUUUCGAACAGUUCUUUUUAAAGUAUAUUUACUCGAUAGUGGUUGGUGUAUACUUGGGGGUAGUAGAAAAAUUUUGUAGUCUAAACAGAUUCAAUUGUGACAACUUGGUAUGAAUUGUUCUGUUUCCAAGGACUGUACAAUCUGCACUGUUGCAAGUGUAGGGUAAGGUUGAUUUGUGUAAUCUUACUAUAUAGUUUCAGCUUUUUUCACCUAAAA